GAGAAUUAAGCCGCCUUCUUCCAGAGUCCCAGAAAACCAUUGAUCGUGUUCUCAAAUCAGAAGUUUUGCCGAGAAAAUCGGACGAGGACAAAACAUGGGUUUCAUCGGAGACACUGUAGAUUCCAUCAAAUCGACUCCGAUCAGGCAAAAUCUCUCUCAGUUCAUCAGUUUGGGUAUGAUUGUUUCCUCCGCGUUGUUUAUAUGGAAAGCGUUGAUGUGUAUCACUGGAACUGAGUCACCUGUUGUUGUCGUUAUUUCCGGUGGCAUGGAGCCUGGUUUUCAACGGGGCGACAUUCUGUUCCUGCACAUGAGCAAAGCUCCUACCCGAACCGGAGAAAUUGUUGUCUUUAACAUCAAUGGACAUGAUAUUCCCAUUGUUCAUCGUGUUAUCGAGGUUCACGAGCGUAGGGAUACCGGGGAAGCUGAUAUCCUGACAAAAGGGGACAACAACAAAAUGGACGACAGGGGCUUAUACGCAUACGGUCAGCGCUGGUUACAGCGGAAGCAUAUCGUGGGCAGACCCAUCGGGUUCUUGCCUUACGUCGGUUGGGUGACCAUCAUCAUGACUGAGAAACCAAUUCUCAAGUACAUUCUCAUAGGUGCACUUGGCUUGCUGGUUAUAACAUCAAAGGAUUAAAAGACACAGCUAAAGGAAUGGACUUCAGAAACCCAAAAGAAAGGAUAUAGAGAAACAAAGUUUUCAACAUUCUACAUUCUUCGUUUUGAACAAGACCAUGAGACGCUCACUUGUAUAGUGCCGAAAAACAAUAACUGUUGUGAUUUUGUACUAAACAUGAAUACCUCCGGAGGUUAUUAAUAAUAAGAACAGUAUUAAAGA